AACACUAUUGAAAUCACUAGUUGUCGUUGCGAGAAUCGUUGCGAAGCGUUUGCUGCGACUGCGUCUAAGUUUGAUUGCGAAUUUCCUGUAUUUCUCGCAGCCAUACGCGAAAUAUUAAAGUUAAAAAUAAUAAUUAUAUAGUUAUUAUAUAAAUGGCAGACAAAAAAGUUACACCGCCGCUGGGCGCUUACCCCCAGCCCCAGCCGCCGCAGGGCCCGUUCCUGCCGGCGCCGCCUCAUCAGGCUGCACCCCAAUAUGGAGAUCAUUAUCAUAUGACCCCUCAAUAUGUAACUCGUGACGUCACAGUGGCCGGUGGCUCCCCCUACGGCGUCACGUUCGGGGGCGCCGGCGCGGGCGCGGGCGGUGUGUACGCUCCGCCGCCGUAUGAACAGCUGCAACACCACCAGGCCAUCCCGGCCUUGAGCCAGCAGUUACCGAUGUACAGCCCAGCAGCGGCCAUGUACGCGGCCGCGGCCGGCUACCCGGGAUACAUCGGCUACCCAGUGCAGUACUACCCGUAUUAUCCUACAGCCGUGCAGCCCUCCAUCCAGCCCCUGCGGCCUACUAUCAUGCUACCCAACGGUUUCGAGGCGGGCGGUCGUUUCGAGGGCCUGGCGCAGACGCUGCUGCCGCCCGCGCCGCCCGGCGUGCCGCCCUCGCCCGCGCACCUCGCCGCCAUACAGCCGCACCAAGUGCUGUGGCGUUAAAUAAAUCAUCGCUCCCAAAUCCGACGUUGGACAUCGCACGCCAGCAGUACGUUUGAUGCCUUACACCUUAGAGUAUGAAUACGUAUUCAUUCUCGAAUGAAUAUUCAUGAAUACACUAUUCAGUCUGUAAAGAAUAUUCAAGCUGACACCUAUUCUAGAGUGAAUAUUCAUUCUUCAAUCUAUAUUCGUUCAUGAAUAAGCUAUGUAUUCAUUCUGUUAGAAAUAUUCUUGAAUAUUAUUCAUUCUGGAUGAAAUUAUUCGUACUCUAAGCUUCGUCAUAGCGACUAAUUAAUUGGCAGGCGACCGAUAGUCAUUUAGUUGACUUGAAUAUUUAUAUAUAAGUUAUUUUAAGCAAAUAUUUUAAACUCAAAAGUAUUACUUAAGUUUUGUUGAAAAAUUCUCCUUUUUUACGCUUGCAACUAAAAUAUAAGUAGUAUAUAUUUAAUUGUGAUAGAAAUUUAAGCUGUUGAAUCUCAUUUUCGUAUACAUAGCCAAGUUAAACUUAGUAUCAAGCAAGCAAUGUAUAUCAUAUAAAUCCGGUCCUCGUUUUAAUCGGUCGUCUAGCCCAAUAUCCGCUGUGAUUAAAACACCGUGUUACGCGGUAGACCUCUCUGUACGAUCCGUACAUUAUUUUUCCAAUAAAAAAAGUAUUUUAACUAAUAUUUAUUCGUAAACAACUUAAUAUAUGAAUCUUUAUACAAGUGCAUGUAUGUAUGUAUUUGUUUUUAUAUAUAUUUUUGUUGCUAGGAUACAAAUAUAACAUAAAUAAAAUUGAAUAUUUCUAAAAUCGGGCAGUAUUAUCUAACAAACGCGACGGGACAGCGAAAUUAAAGCUAAAACGCUGUCAAAAUAUAAUCUCAAAUUGCUAAGUCGUUGCUUUUGCUAUUUACAUAAUACCACUACGACUUUAAAAGCCAAAAGUUAAUUUAUCAACAAUAUUUUGACGAACUACGUAAAUUAUACCCGGUCUUAGUAAUAUUAUAGUUUAGUGUCGAAGCGAGACACAUGAUCUACAUCUCUCUUUCACACCUGUAAUAUUAUACUUCAAUAUCUUAACAACAAAAAUAAUAUAAAUCUACAAAACUAUUUAAAUUGAACAUUGUCUGAAUAUAUUUCUCAACAUUUCUUUCAUAUUGCAAGAAAGUGAUAACAAUAACUUCAGGCGUUGAUUGUUUAAACUUUUUGUAGGAAAAGUGAUCUAAAGAUGCUUGUAAAGGAAAGAUUAUAAGGCUCUUUGUACAUGUGGCAAUGCUAGUCUCCGUUUCACGUCGACUUAAUUGUCGUCUGCGUGUAAUGCGAGCUUUAAUGAGCGUGUAUUGCAAUAGUUGUGACACUUAAGCUGGGAGUAGUAAGUCUUGCGUUGGUUUGUGUAUAAAUAGCUUUAUUUCCUUACAAACAUCUUUCAAAUUAACAUGGAUGACUUUUUAACGUACUGUGAUUUAUAUAGUGGGUUUUCUCAGUUUAAAUUCAUUGUGUCCUGCUGGUGUUAUGUGUAUUUUUUGCCUUAAAUGUCCCACUGCUGGGCAAAUCCUUCGACUUGUUUCUUAAUAAUGAGUUGUCAGUUCUAAUGGACGAAUUUAGGUUUAUUACGUCAUCUCUGCCUCACAUCUAGUCUUGUAUAGAGAACCAAAUAUGAUUAACAUUACAUUAGCAAAAAAAUAUUCAGGCUAGGGAUAUCAUUCUAGCCCUUUCCCAACUAUGUAUGGUUCGGCUUCCAGUCUA